AUGGCGGAGGACAAGGUGGGGCGGAUCUUCGUCGGCGGGCUGUCCUGGGACACCACGGAGCGCACGCUCGAGCGCACCUUCGGCCAGUACGGCAAGGUCAUCGAGGCUCAGGUUGUAGUGGAAAGGGAGACAGGCCGCUCGAGGGGAUUUGGAUUUGUCACAUUUUCAGAACCUCGGGCUGUGGAUGCUGCCAUUCGGGGAAUGCAUAAUGGAGAACUGGAUGGCCGUAAUAUUUCUGUGAACAAAGCUCAACCUAGGAACUCUGAUGAUGGUUAUGGAUAUGGUGGUGGUGGUGGUGGUGGUUACUCGUCUGGUGCUAGAGGUGGAUAUCGUAGUGGAGGUGAUGUAGUUCCAGCAGCAAGUGAUGAUUGUUUCAAAUGUGGCCGCCCUGGACAUUGGGCUCGUGAAUGCCCUUAUUCAGAUGGAAGUGGUAGAAGUGGAAGGUAUUCUCCCGCUUCAAGGUAUGGUGGUGGUACUGGGGGACGUGGUGACCGCUUUGGAGGAUCAGAUCGUUUUGCUCGCUAUGAUGAUGAUCGAUAUGAUGGUGGCCGCUAUGUAGACAGCAAGGAUACUUAUUAUGGUGCUGGGCGUGAUCGUUAUGCUAGUGAUCGCUAUGCGCCAGCAGCAGACCGCUAUUCUGGUGACAGGUACAGUGGUGCAGAUCAUUAUGCGUCCAGUGGCUUUGCCAGAGAAAGGAGCUAUGAGAGAGAUGUAGGGAGGUCCAAUGGAGGUUACUACCGUGAUGAUCCGAGGGGCACUGGUGGCUAUGGCAGAGGUGGUUCACGUGUCGGUGGCAGCGGCGGCGGUGGCGGUGGGCCUGCUCGCUUUGGUGGGAGUUACCGAGAUAGGCCUGCUCCAUAUGACCGUCCAAGCAGGGGAGGGGCAGCUCGUGCUUUCGAUGAUCGUUACUGA